GGGUAGAAACUGACUAGAAACAGUAAACAAAUGGAAUCCAUAAUAUUGGAUUGUGACAUUUACAAGUCUGACAGUGACUCCUAGUUAAUUUAAAGCUUGUAAAAGGGGAAACACGUCAUGGAACAGCAGUAUUUUGCCCGUGUUGUUGUUCGAUGCACCCUUUGUAAAACGUGUGUAGCCCCAAUGUACUGUGAACAAUGUCAUUCAAAUCUAUGUGAAGAUUGUGGGAAAAAGCAUUCUUGUAAAAUACAUAAUAUUGUGCCACUAAAACAGUAUUUAACCAGUCCGAACCAACUGAAGUGUAAACAACACUCAGAUAAACAAUGUCAAAAUUACUGUGAACAAUGUGAUGUACCUAUGUGUGUACAGUGUGAAUUGUCGAAAGAACAUUUAGGACAUAAGCAGGUUGGCUUCCUCAAAAAGUCUGAAACCAAAAAAGAAAUUUUAGAGAGAGACUUAAAAGAGCUAGAACACAUCAUAUAUCCUAGAUAUCAGCAUAUCGUAUCUGAUAUUAAAAGUCAGAAAGCAGAUCUUUGUAUUAAUUCACAGAGGUUAAUAACGGAUUUAGAUAAUCGAGGAAAAGUUUGGCACAAAGAAAUAGACAGCAUUAUCAGUAAUCUUAAAUCUGAAAUUUCGGAAACAAAUUCGAAGCACAUGGCUUUUCUUGAUACACAUGAAAAUAAAACAACACCUACACUUUUUCAAAUCAAGCAGGUAAUUGCUGACAUCAAGAAAAUCCUCGAUUCAAAAGAUGUUAGUCUUUUCUCUGAGUACAAAUCAAGGAAUGCCGAAUUCAUCAAUUUGCCACAUAAGGUCAACAUGUCUUUACCAUGCUUUACUUUUCCAAAAAUAAACAGAGAUCGGCUGGUUGAACAGUUUGGUUUUCUGUCAGCAUUAUCUUUUACAACGGAGGAACAAGACAACAGCAUACCGACCCAGGGAGCCGAAUCAAUUCCCCAAGACGGGUCGCUGAUAGGUGUACCCCAGGUCAUUUCAGAUAUAGACACAAAAAUAGGAAGUAUAUACAGCAUGGCCUGUUUAAAUGAUUCGGAAAUAUGGACACGUGGAUUCGGCAACAUAAUGCAUUUAUACAAUAUAAACGGGGAACUAGUAAAAGAAAUUCAAACAAAAUCAGGAAAACAUCCAAAAGACUUAUCACUGACAAGGUGUGGCAAUUUAGUUUAUACAGAUGUUGAUGAUAGAAGUGUAAACAUAGUGGAAAAUGCACAGAUACAGACAGUAAUAAAACUGAGUGGCUGGAUACCUUGCUGUGUUUGUUGUACCUCCUCUGAUGACCUUUUGGUUUCCAUGGAAAUCGAUGAUGAAGAUGAAGAAGAUUUUGAUUAUGAUGACGAAUAUAACGACACGAUAACAAAAGUUGUUCGUUACACAGGCUCCAUUGAGAAACAAAGUAUUCAGUUCAAUGAAAAGGGAAAGCCCCUUUAUUCAUCUGGUGGUUCAAUCGUGGAAAACAAGAACCUAGAUAUCUGUGUUGCUGAUAAUGUAGCCGGUGCAGUGGUAGUGGUUAAUCAGGAUGGGAAACUUCGGUUUUCGUACAAAGGCCCUCCCUCAACGGCCGAGAAAUCAUUCUAUCCAAGCGGCAUCGCCACAGACAGCCAAAGUCGUAUCCUGACAGCAGACCCUUGGAACCACAAUAUCCACAUCCUGGAUCAGGACGGACAGUUCCUCUGCUUCAUUACUAACUGUGGUUUAGAAGAUCCAUCUAGUUUAUGUGUGGACACAAGCGACCAUGUCUUUGUGGCUGGAAUUUUCACACGUAAAGUGAAAAAAAUCAGAUAUUACAACUAAAUAACUAAAUGCAUGAAAUAUGCAACACAGGUUAUAUAAAAAAAACAUGAUCAUGUUGGAAGCAAACAUAAUUUAUGAGCUUUUACAAAUAUAUUUUUAUCAACUAAUGCAUCGAGAUGGGAUUUGUCAUAGGGAAAAAUGCUUACAAUAAAGCUUACAAUA